GGCAUUUCAGCUGAAAUGAUGGGUCUCAUCAUCAAUUACGCCUACACCGGGACAGUACCGAUCACAGAGGACAACGUGGAGAGUUUGCUGGCUGCAGCAGAUCAGUUCAAUGUCAUGGGCAUCGUCAGCCUGUGCUGUGAGUUCCUCAGUUCCAGGCUGUGCUUUGAGAAUUGCAUUGGCAUUUGCAGACUCACUGACUAUUACCACUGCCCCGACCUGCGCGCAGCUGCCUGCGUGUACAUCCUGCAUCACUUCGAGGAGGUGUCCCAGGUGUCCGAGGAGUUCCUAGACCUCUCUGCCGAGGAGCUGGCACACAUCAUUGAGAAGGAUGAGCUGAACGUGCGGCGAGAAGAAGCCGUGUUUGAGGCUGUGCUGAGGUGGAUCGCUCAUGACCCGCAGAACAGGAGGCAGCACAUCGCCUGCUUGCUCAGCAAGGUUCGACUGGCACUCCUACAAUCCGACUACUUCAUGAACAACGUCAAAGCUCACGAGUACGUGAAAGACAACGCCAACUGCAAAGAUCUCAUCAUCAGUGCCCUGUCCGAAAUCUACGACCUGAACUCCUACGGCCAGAGUUCCUCAGUCAACGCCAACCCCCUCACCCGGCCGCGCCUGCCCUACGCCAUCCUCUUUGCCAUCGGGGGCUGGAGCGGCGGCGGCGCCACCAGCGCCAUCGAGACCUACGACGGCCGCACCGACAAGUGGCUGAACAUCCCCUGGGAGCAGGAGAGCCCUGUUGCCUAUCAUGGCUCGGCUUAUUUGAAAGGCCACGUCUACGUUAUCGGUGGAUUCGAUGGCACGGAUUAUUUCAACAUCGUCAAGCGCUUCGAUCCGCUGCAGAAGACGUGGCAGCAGGUAGCGCCCAUGCACUCACGGCGCUGCUACGUCAGCGUCACCGUUGUGGACAACUUCAUCUAUGCCAUGGGAGGGUUUGAUGGCUACAUGAGGCUCAACACAGCGGAGCGCUAUGACCCAGACACCAACCAGUGGACCCUGAUCACCCCCAUGCACGAGCAGAGGAGCGACGCCAGUGCAACCACGCUGAAUGGAAAGGUGUACAUCUGUGGUGGGUUUGAUGGUGAUCAGUGCCUCAGCUCAGCUGAAGUGUUCAACCCCACCACAAACCAGUGGUCCCUGAUCGCCCCAAUGAGCAGCAGGAGAAGUGGAGUUGGGGUGAUGGCGUAUGGGAACCAGGUGUACGCGGUCGGAGGGUUUGACGGGAACAGCCGGCUGCAGAGCGUGGAAGCGUACAACCCCAUCGCCAACGCCUGGCACGCCGUGCCCUCCAUGCUAAACCCACGCAGCAACUUUGGCAUUGAGGUGAUGGACGGCCUCUUGUUCGUGGUUGGGGGCUUCAAUGGGUUCAGCACCACCGUUGCCACCGAGUGCUACGAGGAGGACACCAACGAGUGGUACGAUGCCCACAGCAUGGGCAUCACCCGCAGCGCCGUCAGCUGCUGCGUGGUGCCAGGACUCUCCAAUGUCAUGGAAUACAUCGCCAGGCAACACUACUACCAGCACAGCUCCUCCAUGGACAUCUUGUUCACCAGCUCAACUCGGAGCUCGCCGUUGUAAAUAGUUCCCCUUAGCUAGGAGUGU